AUGAGUCUCUCUAGAACAUUGGCGAGGGUGCCGAUCCUUGCCAGAAGUUACGCACAACUUCCAAAGCCGAAGGAGAUCACGGUGAAUGGCUCCACGUACGCUACCGACGGAUGGACCAACAUUUCGUCGUCCAUUUUGCCAUUAACCGACCGCAAGCUUCACCUCGAUGCGAACCACCCUAUCGGAAUUUUGCGCAGCUUGGUGGAAAAGCGGUUUUCCGGGCUUGGUUACACCUUCUACAACGAGUUCCAGCCGGUGGUGACGACCCAUGAGAACUUUGACGUCUUGGGGUUCCCGAAGGACCACCCAGGCAGAUCCAAGUCUGAUACCUACUACGUGAAUGAAACGCACUUGUUGAGAACCCACACGUCGGCACAUGAGCUCGAGUGCUUCACCCAGUGCCCUACUCCGGGGUACUUUAUUUCCGCGGACGUGUACCGCAGGGAUGAAAUCGACCGUACGCACUACCCCGCAUUCCACCAAAUGGAGGGAGCGCGUGUGUGGUCUCGCACGGAGCAUGGGGCUGGGCUAGAGUCGAAGCUUGAGGCGGACAUCCAGGCUAUUCCUAAGACCGAUAUCAUUGUGGAGGAUCCGUCUUACAACGCCGUGACGAACCCAAAGCAGGACUUCAUGACUGACAGAGAGGCAGAGUUGGUCGGGACCCAUUUGAAGCGCACGCUUGAGUUGCUAGUAAAUGAAGUGUUUAACGAAGCUAAGGAGUCCGCAAGAUUGGCCGGUUCCCAAGAGCCAUAUCUUAACGAACCGUUAAAGGUGAGAUGGGUCGAGGCGUACUUCCCAUGGACGGCUCCGUCGUGGGAGAUCGAAGUCUGGUGGAAGGGCGAAUGGUUGGAGUGCUGUGGCUGUGGUGUGGUUCGUGAACAGGUUUUAACCAAUUCAGGGCUCCAGGACACUAUUGGAUGGGCGUUUGGGGUUGGGUUAGAUCGUAUUGCGAUGAUUUUGUUUGGUAUUCCGGAUAUCCGCCUCUUCUGGACCUUGGACGAGCGUUUCAAGCUGCAGUUCUCCGAGGGCAAGAUCACGACCUUCAAGCCGUACUCGAAGUACCCGGGAACCACGCGCGACGUCUCCUUCUGGUUGCCUCUCGCUGCACCAGAGGCACCGUUGCACGAAAAUGACUUGAUGGAGAUUGUCAGAAACACCGCCGGGGAUUUGGUGGAGAGUGUCAAGUUGGUUGACGAGUUUGUCCAUCCAAAGACUGGCCGUGUUUCACAGUGCUACAGGGUGAAUUACCAAUCCAUGGACAGAUCACUUACCAAUGAGGAGAUUAACGUGUACCAGGAGAUGGUGAGAAGUGAGUUGGCAGAGGCCUUCCAAGUUGAGUUGCGUUAA